AUGAGCUUGGAUAUAGAUGCGGUUAUAGACCUACUGAAACAGGGGAAACACGUUAAGGAAGAAACUGUGUAUACGCUUUGUCUAAGGUCACAGGAAUUGUUAAUGAGUGAGGCCAACGUGACUCAUGUGGAUACGCCUGUGACUAUAUGUGGUGAUAUACACGGUCAGUUACACGACUUGCUGACAUUAUUUGAGAAGAGUGGAGGCGUUGAAAAGACGAGAUACGUGUUUCUGGGCGAUUUUGUGGAUAGAGGAUUCUAUUCAUUGGAGUCAUUUUUAUUGCUACUUUGUUAUAAACUGAGGUAUCCUGACAGAAUCACUUUGAUUAGGGGAAACCAUGAAACAAGACAAAUAACUAAAGUUUAUGGGUUCUAUGAUGAAAUCAUGAGGAAAUAUGGGAAUUGUAACGUAUGGAGAUAUUGUUGUGAGGUAUUCGAUUAUUUAUCUUUGGGUGCCAUUAUAAAUAAUAGCAUAUUCUGUGUUCAUGGUGGACUUUCACCAGAAAUAAAUACCUUAGAUGAAAUUCGUGCAAUCGAUAGGAAACAAGAAGUGCCGCAUGAGGGAGCAAUGUGUGAUUUAUUGUGGUCAGACCCGGAGGAGGUGGAUACGUGGUCAUUAUCUCCUAGAGGAGCAGGCUUUCUUUUUGGUAAGAGUGAAGUUGAUAAAUUCUUGUCAACUAAUAAUGUAGAAUUAAUUGCACGAGCUCACCAAUUGGUCAUGGAAGGAUACAAGGAGAUGUUUGAUGGGGGUCUAGUUACAGUUUGGUCUGCUCCAAAUUAUUGUUAUAGAUGUGGGAACGUCGCCGCAGUGUUGCGGAUUGAAGACGAUCUGCAGAGAAAUUAUACGAUAUUUGAAGCAGUGCAACCACAAGAUGGUGGUGGAAAUGCAAUAAUACCUACCAAAAAACCUCAGAUGGACUAUUUCCUCUGA